CACACAUCGCCUUUUCUCCACACGGAUCAGAGCGAAAAGGUUCGAUGAGCCGUCCCCCCCUGAAAUGACCAGGAGGAGUGAGCCUCGGCAAGAGAAGCUCAACCGCAGCGUCGAUGAACCUGAAAGGCGCACUCAAAAGCCGACGCUGGCUCUGGUUAUGCUGGCGUGAAUCAAGUACCGACAAUAUGCAACGUCGGACUUCGGAUGCCGGCAAUGACACACAUGAAAUCCUUCGGCGGAGCCGGAGGGUACCUCACAACCGCGGCCGACAAACAGCCCCCUUCCCCUCCCCCCCUGCAAGCGUCCAAAGCUUCCUCGCUCCCUUCCGUUUAUUGAGGGGCUCCCGGGAGGGGGGCUUCAUGGGUCGGGUAAGGUGUAGAUUGAGGUCUCGAGCCCCCUUCGUGGAGCUCCUGUUCCGUUGUGCCGGUUCCUGUGAGUGGUUGCCGGGUGUUUAUAACGUCACCGGGUUCCCGUCGAUCCAGCGCGUCGAUCUUUGUUGAGUCCGUCUCCUCCUCUCGGUUCCCUGCUUUCGUCUCUGUUCCGUCUCGAUCCCGAGUCUUUCGUUUCUGGAAAUCCACGUUCGUUUAGUGAAAGCAGUGCGGGACACAAUGAAGUCGACUCUCUUGACUACGGGCCUCUUGGCCGUCGGGGCGAGCGCCCUUGACAAGCGUGCAUGCACGGCGACCGCGGAGUGGCCGGGCUGGUCCAGCAUCAAGCACGCCUUUGUCUUCGGCGAUUCUUACUCCCAGACAGGCUUCAACACCUCCCUUGAGGCCCCUUCCCCUUCCAACCCUCUCGGAAACCCCUCCUACCCGGGCUGGACCUCCUCCAACGGGCCGAAUUGGGUCGACUAUCUCACGGUCAAGCACAACGCCUCGCUGCUUUACACUUACAACCUCGCCUUCGGCGGCGCCACCGUCGACGCCGCCCUCGUUAAGCCCUACGCCGACACCGUCCUCACCCUAAAGGACCAGGUCCAGACCCUCUUCGCCUCCGCCUACGCCUCCCGCGCCGAGCCGGCCUGGGGCGGCGCCGACUCCGUCUUCGCCUUCUGGAUCGGCGUCAACGACAUCGGCAACUCGUACUGGAACGGCGCGGCCGCGACCUCGGCCCUCAACGCCAGGAUCGUCGACGUCUACCAGGGCCUCGCCGCCGAGCUGUACGCCGCCGGCGCGCGCAACUUCGUCUGGCUGACGGUGCCGCCCGUCGACCGCACGCCGAUGCUGCUCGCCGAGAACGCCGACGCGCAGACUCUCGCGCGUGAGGAUGUCGCGGACUUCAACGGCCGCGUCGGCGACAUGGCGCGCAACGUGACGGGGUGGGAGGGCGCGAACGCGUGGGUCGUGGACGCCAACGCCGUGUUCAACGGCGCCCUGGACAACGUGGGCGCGUUCGAGGCGACCAAGGGUCUGAAGAACACGACGGGGUACUGCGAGGCGUAUGAGAACGGGACCGGUGCGGAGGAUACCCUCGUGGAGAGCUGCACCUACAGGGUCAACGAGUACUUCUGGCUCAACUCGCUACACCCGACGUACCCGAUCCACGACGCCGUCGCCGAGACGGUCGGUGCGGCGCUGGCGGCCGGGCCGAAUGUCUGCUGAUCAGUUUGAAGUGGGCCGGAUCUGCUGGGUGCGAGUUGUAUAUCUAUGUUCAAGGAUGUUUACAUAUUAACCUCCGUAUAUAACCCUCACCCCCCCUUGGUGGCUGUCGCAAUCUUUUGGCAGCGUUUGCGACUCUGACGCGGGAAAAGACGACUUCCAAGUCUGAGUAUUGCAUCAGCAUAGACGUCCGAAUCGCGCCGGGUGCAUGUGGUGCACCGGUGUCCAUACGAGUGCAACAUCAGUACGCCUCACAACUGUCAACUGUAAAGAACUAAACGUACAAUGAUACUCGCGUGUACAAGACACGCACUUCGUUCCUCG